CAAUCGAAAAAGCACAUAGACAAACAAACAAACAAACCGAUCGAAGUUUUGGACGUCAACAUGUCUUCGACUGACCAGCCACCACCAUCUCAUCUUGGCUCCGGCGGAGAUCUACAGCCGCUAGGGAAGCCAAUGUCGAUCGAGCAGCACUUGUUGGACAAAGGAGCCGCUAUGUUGCAGUCGCUGAAGCCAGUGAAGCAAAUAAGCCAACACGCUUGCACCUUCGCUCUUUAUAGCCACGACAUGACCCGACAGAUCGAGACUCACCACUACAUCACCAGAAUCAACCAGGAUUUUCUCCAGUGCGCCGUCUACGACUCCGACGAGUCCAAUGGCCGUCUCAUAGGGGUGGAAUAUAUAGUCUCUGAUCGAAUAUUCGAAGGAUUGCCACCGGAGGAGCAAAAACUGUGGCACUCUCAUGCUUAUGAGAUCAAGUCAGCACUCUGGAUUAAUCCGCGAGCUCCAGAGAUGGUGGUGAAGCCAGAGCUCCAAAAUUUGACCAAAACAUAUGGCAAGUUUUGGUGUACAUGGCAAACAGAUAGAGGUGAUCGGCUUCCGCUGGGUCCUCCGGCACUAAUGAUGUCUCCACAAGCUGUGAGUUUGGGCAUGGUGAAGCCGGAUUUGGUUUUAAAGAGAGAUGCCAAGUACGGCAUAUCAACAGAGGCUAUUAGGGACUCGAGAGUGGAGUUUGAAGAGCCGGAGUGGAUUAACCCGAAUGCGGAUUACUGGAAGCAGCAUGGGAAGGGCUUUGUGGUCGACAUUGAGCCAACUGAGAUGAAGAAGAUUGCUCCAUUUCCAUGAACCCUGUUUCAAUCAGCUUCAUAUGUGAUAAUACAUCUCUUCGUUGGUUGACGGAAGCUGAUGAAUAUAUACAUACAUACAUACAUAUAUACAUGUUAUUUGUUUGUUUAUGCUGCAAAUUUAUAUGUAUAGAUGUUUCCCUUUAUACUUUAUGGUUCUAUAUGCAAGUGAUUGCGGCAUUUCAUCGAACACUUGGAGAACAAUUGAAACUUGAACCAACUGACGU